ACAAAACCCAACUCCCCCUCGUUCGAGCUUCGCAACCGACGACACCCAACCCCCAAAACCUCACAUAGCUUUGAGUUCUAAGUCAAAGGAGUCUAAAUCCAUCCCUCCCAAGACUCCACAACACCAUCUCCAAGCUUCUUCUCCAUCAAUUCAAGGAUGGCUCCUAAACGCAAACAAAAUACUGGUGCUUCAUCCUCCUCUUUCACCGGCAACCGUUUCACUUCGGUUGAAAAUGAAAAGUGGUACGAGGAGCGGAAAAAGUGGAAAAUUGUGGAGGAGAAAACAGUGCACCCGGACAUCGACGCUGUUUUCAAGCUCACUGAGAUCUUCGCCCGUUUUGGAUGGGCAAUGAUGCUUACAUUGACAGGAGCAUAUUACCCCCGGUUGGUCCGGGAGUUUUACGCUAAUGUCUCGGACAAAGAGACCGGAUACGCGGAAAUCCAAACAACGGUGAAAGGGAGACACAUCAAAGUUGACCCGGACCUCCUCUCCAACAUCCUUGAAGUUAGCAACACGGGCCCUACCUUGGAAUACAACCAAACCGGCAUUCUAAGUGACAAUUCCUACAAUGAGGCGGAUGCACGGCGGUUCUUCGGGCUCAAGACAAACCUACAGACCAAGUACCUAUGGCACAUUCACGCUCGCCUACUCGUCUAUCUUAUUGGCUUCAACAUUGUCCCACAUGCUAGUGACCGCCACUUGGUUAGGAGGAUUGAUCUAUACCUUCUUCAAAAGAUGCUAGUUGGCCUAGGAGACAUAGAAGGGAUACCACUACCACGACUCCUCCUAAAAAAUAUGAAAAAUGUGGUGAUCUCCAAACAAGGUUCAAAAAACUUUUGUCACCCCCUUUUACUCACCAAGAUUUUCAGGCACUUUCAGGUUGACUUUGAUGGAGAGGAAGUUGCUUAUACCAAUGAAUCUAAUGUCUUGGACAAAGAAACAAUGAUUGCCCUCAAGCAUAAACUGUCCAACUCUGGAAAAUGGUAUUUUGCCGACGGCAUAGGUUUGCACAGAGAUGAUGAUGAAGUAAACGAGGAGGCCAUGGAAGAUGCUCAUGAUGAUGAAGCCGCACCCGAACCACCACAGCCGCCACACACCACCGAUCCCGCGAUGGCAUACUUGAUGCAUUCCAUGGCUCGAAUGCACACGCGGAUGGACGAGCAAGAAGCACGCCACCAAAGGUUUGAGGAGCGUUUCGACACAUUCACCAACUACUACUACUCCCAACAUGGGUACCCCCCUCCCGAUCCACACCAGUGACUCCCCCUUGCUCCUAUUUCAUUUUUCUCAUGACAUUACUUUCCUCUAAACACACCUUUAUUGUGGAUGUUAUGAAAGUACUUGUUUAUCAUGCAUGAUACAUUGAGAC